UGGUAAUUUUAUUGGGAGAAACGGAUCGCAUUUAAUUAGAUUUCUCUUGUUUUUUUAAGACUUGCUUGACAUGUCGAUAUUUAUUUGUGGCGUAUAAAUUAAGCCGUGUCUACAAGGCACACACGCUGAGCGCACGUUGUCUUGGAGAAAGAUCGGUAGCUGAAAUGGAGCCGAUUAUAAUCGUUCACGGAGGAGCUGGAGAUAUUCCUCAAAGCCGAGUGAAAGGGAAGUUGGACGGCAUGAAAGUUGCCGUCACAGCAGGCCACGAGUGUCUGAUGAAGGGAGGCAGUGCACUGGACGCAGUCGAAGCAGCCGUUAUGACAAUGGAGGAAGAUGAAAACUUUAAUGCUGGUUACGGAUCAGUUUUAACUUUACGAGGUGAAGUAGAAAUGGAAGCAAGUAUAAUGCGUGGUUCAGACCUGAAUACGGGUGGAGUUACCCUAGUCAAAGAGUUUCUUCAUCCUAUCAGUAUUGCCCAUAAAGUCCUCACGGAUUCGCCACAUUCCCUUUUGGGUGGGGAGGGUGCUAAAAUAUUCGCUUUAGAGAAGGGUUUUAAAACAAUUCCAUCCGAGUCUUUGAUAAGCGAACAUGCGAAAAAAGCGCUUCAGCACUUUUUGGAACAUGGAGAGUUUGGGAGGACGGAAAUUGGACCUAAAGAUGAAGGUGGAGUGGGCACAGUUGGUGCUGUAGCAAUAGACCGCAAUGGGCACAUAGCAGCUGCCACUAGUACUGGUGGUAUGAGUGGCAAGGCUGUUGGCAGAAUCGGGGAUACGCCACAAAUUGGCAGCGGUACUUACGCCGAUGACCACAUAGGCGCAGUUUCCACAACAGGACAUGGGGAGUCUAUACUGAGAUAUUGUUUGGCUCACAGCAUAAUCAAGCUAAUGGAAAGUGGCAAAGAUGCACAAACUGCUACAACUAUUGCAGUGAAUGGUAUGACUGCUCGUUUAAAGAAUACUGCGGGAGCGAUUACGUUAUCGAAGAAUGGUGAUGUGGGCAUACACUUUAGCUCAAAAAGAAUGUCGUGGGCAUAUGUCAAAGACGGCCACAUAUUUUACGGCAUUAAUCCCGACGAGGUUCUCAAGGAGGAAUAUAAUCCUGGAAAUAACUGCUAGUCAGCCAUAAUUACCUGCCUAUUGUUACUAAACAAGUAAAAAAUGUAACUGUUAGUUAAAAUGUCAUGUAGCAAUGCCGCUUUAUUAACAAGCGGUAGAGACAACGUUACUAACAAAAGUGUUAACAAAUAUAAUGUUAACAUUACCUAUUUAUAUAUAUACUUUCAGAAUAUUUUUUUUAUAUACGGCUUACAGUCCGUAAUAAAUGAUGCAUUUGAAA